AUGGACGAAUAUCACAUCAAACAUACGCCCUGGUACCAGUCCGCCGUCGAGGCCUUCAGCGCCAAAGCAGCCAAGAAAGACUUGGCCGGUGCACAGGAUCCGAACACUACCUCCAACCCGGACAUGAUUGUGGCAGCUCGACUUCGGCCGAUUUUGGAGGAUGAAGUGGCCGCAGGUCUCAUUCGUGGCGUUUUCCCCAGACCCAGCGGUAAUGGCGCCGUAGAUAUCCACCAGAUCCGAAAGCAUGUCAAGCCCCUGGGACCUCCCACACUUAAUCUCGACAAAGCCUAUGGUCCAGAUGAUACAUCUGAGCAGAUUUACCGAGAUCUGGUUGAGCCCUUGGUCCCUUGGGCAUGGAGUGGUGGCGUUAGUACCGUCUUCGCCUAUGGCCAGACUGGGUCUGGCAAAACCUUCACAGUCAGCGAGAUUGAGAAGCUGGUCGCAAGGUCGCUCAUGGGCGGAGGUAUGGAGGGAAAGCGGAAGGUGUAUGCAUGUAUCAUUGAGCUGGCCGGCAACUCUUCUUUCGACCUCCUGAACUCUCGAAAGCCAAUUUCUGUCUUGGAGGAUUCUUUCGGUGUCACACAGCUUGCAGGCGCCCUGGAACACGAAAUCACCGAAGCAGCUACCCUCCUCGAGCUCAUAGAAAAGGCAGCAACCUUCCGCCGUACAGCAUCGACGUUCAAGAAUGACGCAUCAUCUCGCUCCCACGCCAUCUGUCGCAUUCGUAUUGAAAGUCCCAUACCAACAGCCGAAGACGGACUCCUCUACCUCAUCGACCUGGCAGGCUCGGAAGCUGCCCGGGACAUUGCCAACCACACACCCGACCGCAUGAAAGAGGCCCGGGAGAUCAACACCAGCCUUUCCGUACUGAAAGAUUGUAUCAGGGGCAGGGCGACCGUCGAUGUGGCUUCUCUAACGGGCAAGACCAAGAGCCCGACGUAUAUUCCAUUCCGGCAGAGUUCCCUCACCAAAAUUCUAAAGCACGUUUUCGAUCCGGCAGGAAGACGUACCUGCAAGACUGUCGUGCUUGCCUGUGUCAAUCCCAGUCUUCCAGAUGCUGGUGCCGGCAAGAAUACGCUGAAAUAUGCCGAGAUGUUGCGGGUGUUGCUGCCCAAAGCCAAGGCUCAGUCUUAUGACCCCGAGACGCCUGCAACUUGGGAUAAUGAACGGUUACAGACCUGGAUCAACACCAGCUCUGGAAGCCCUGCCAUUUCCGGCGAACUCGUCGCGCCCACCGAGACCGGUUCGCUGCUGCUCCGCCUUCCCACACCCGAAUUUCUCACCCGCUGCUUGAAGACCCCAGGAGUCGAUGAAGACCAAGCUCGCGCCUUUCACGCCAAAUUCUGGCGUUUGCAUAUUGAUUCGCAAAAGUCUAGCGGGAAGAAGUCAGAAGUCAAGAGCGAGGCAGAGCCUGCUGAGGGAAAGGGCGACAAGACAGCCAUGAACCAGGAGAUGCUGUCGUCCAGCGUGGACCCGGACCCAAAGGCAGUCGACGUCUCUUUCAAAGAGCGCAUACGACCUGGAAUGGUUGUGCGCUGGAAUCCGCCUUCGAAUUUUCCCAUGGGCCUUCCCGGGCUCAACAUGGCUGUUAUUCUAUGUCCCCAGUUGGCUGUAGGACCGAAUGUAAGGGAUCUCACUGGUGACUUGGUCAGCCGAUCAGGGUUUACUUCGACGAGGGGGACCAAAUUUCUCUGCGCAAUGGUCCUCCCAGGCUUCAUGGCCGACUCAUAUGAGUUGAGCAUGUGGCGUCAGGUAGUGGUCGAUGUAGAUCAGAUGGAAGCGGAGGUGCUUCUCGAGUAUGAUUCAGGAACUAGAUACUAUCAUAUUACCUUGUAA